AACCUACACACUUUGGGAUUUAACUUCUUUUUAAAGGAGACUUGGUUGAAAGCUUGUUAUUCAUUGAUAAAAGUGGAAGAAAACUAUAAGUUUUGUUUUGUGUGUGAACCAUGGGUCGAAAGCUGGACCUGUCUGGACUGUCGGACCUGGAGGCGGCGCAUGUUUUACAGGUGGUGCAGAGAGACAUGAGGCUGCGCAAGAGAGAGGAGGAGAGACUCAGUGAUCUAAAGCAGGAGUUGGCAGAGGAGGGCAGUCGUAGCCGUCUGCUGUCCACUCAGUCGUGUUUUAACCAGCGCUGUUGUAUCCGCUGCUGCGCCCCUUUCACUUUUUUGCUGAACCCCAAGCGUCGGUGUGGAGACUGUGGAUACAACGUGUGCCGUGCCUGUCGACUCUACAACAAGAAGAGCAAGGACUGGCUCUGCUCCUCCUGCCAGAAACACAGGCUGCUGAAGACCCAGUCCCUGGAGUGGUUCUACACUAAUGUGAAGAGGAGGUUUAAACGUUUCGGCAGCGCUAAAGUCUUAAAGACUCUGUACAAGAAACACCUGACGGAGCACAGCAUCCUCUCAGAGCUGACAGAUGGUAGUGGUUAUGAGGAGAGCAUCGGCAAUGAUGGCAGCAUCUGUGGAAGCGACUCCACCUUCUACAGACAAACUGAAGAGCACAGCAUGUCUGAAACUCUGACUGUGGCUCGGCGUGUAGCAGAAGAAGCCAUCGAUGAAGCCAUUUCCAAAGCUGAAGUCCACACCUACAGCCAGGAAAAGCAGAAUGAAGCACACUAUUUGCGCCAACAUCGAGGAGAACUUAUUGAAGAACUGGCAACUACCAUAGUAGAAAAAAUCAUCAGUCGCAGGAAGACUUUGGCCCAGAUCAAGAGCCAAUACGACCAGGAUCUAACCCACACGUACUACGACCACUCUGUGCCUCCACAUCAGCAAGGACUCUGGAGGACCCACUCUUUGUCCCUGUUGGACAUUGGAGCAGACUCUUCCACCUGUGAUAGUCACAGUCUGAAGAAAGAGGGUCCUGGCGCAUCUCUGUCGGCCUGGAAGAGCGUCGACCAACUCGACAGCUCUGUGCUCAAAAGCCCAGACGGAAAUUGGCUAGUCCUUCAGAGCGGCCAACUUCCUCAUCCCAGUCUGCUGAGCAGGAGGAAGUCUCAGGUGUACAGUGCUUUGGAGAGAGAGUCUGGAGCAGUAUCAGCCUACGAGGCCAUGGACUCUGACUGUGAGCCUGACAGCUCCUGGGGUGCGGUCCUCAAAGAGAUCCACAAGAAGAUGGGCCAAUCUGAUCUGCUGGAAGACCUGGAUCUGGACUAUGUGGGAGACAGGAGAGGGAGCAGGGAUUCUGAGGGAAACUACUGGAAAUCUAAGGCGCUGAUAAACAAGAAGGUGCCAGUGGAGAUCAGGAAGCCCUCAUCGUCUCGGAGGACAAGUAUCAUCGACGUGAACUUUAACCUAGAGGGAGGAAUGGUAGAAGAAGAAAGCAGAGAGGAUCCGGAGGAGAGGAGAGUGAGGAGGGCCAGGAAGAAGAGGAGGUGCAAAAGAGAGACCAAUGUUUUAUGUGGACAGGACCACACGCUCCAUCUCUCCUCUGACGCCAUCACACCUGAAACUUUAACCUCUGGAACAACGACCCCUGACCUCUGCAGUGACGUCAUCAGCCCAGGAGCCAAUCAGAUCAACCAGGAACUCACUGUAAAACUACAACAACUGGCGGGUCAUAAUAGCAUUAGUGACUCUUCAACCAAUGUACAAAACAGUGUCCUUGAAAGUAACAGUGGAGACUAUAUGGACCUGGACGAAGCCGAACCUGAUGACAAAACUGAAGAUACUGAACUUGACAAUGAAGCAAAGGAGCGAUUAUACAAACUAGUUUCUCAGUCUAGACUCUUAUAUUUAUCCUCUACCGAUGAUGACCUGGACAAAGCGGGCAUCAGUGAGGAAGAGGACACACAACCAAAGGAAGACCUGAAAUUUAAACUUUGCCGCCUCGAGCAGGAAGUCAAAUCUACUCAGUUUUCUUCUACAGAGGACGAACUUGAUAGAAUAGGUCUAGAUGAAGACUUAACGAAGAAAGAAAAGGAUGAAGAAAUAGGUGUUAAAGUGUGCAAACUAGUUAGCCAAGUCAGUGCUACACAGUUUUCUUCUUCUGAGGAUGAACUUGACAGAGUGGGGAGUGCAGAAGAGGCCAUAGAGGAUGCAGCGUUAUGGAAAUUGCAAGCAGAGAGAGGCGAGCAAGUUAGAAAUUUAGCCAGUUUGGUGAGCAUAUGUCAGUUUUCUUCAACAGAGGAUGAACUGGAUCGAGUAGGACAAGAUGAAAUGGCCCAAAGUGAGGAAACUUGUAAUGAUUCUGACAGAACGGAGUCUAUCGGAGAUUUAGACGUAAACAUGUUUGAACUAAGAGAAGACUGUAAGGCCAUCAAUUAUUUAGAAAUGUCCAAAGGAGAUAUUGAACCGAGCGAUGCGAAAGAAAGUAUAGAUUUUGAAAGGAAGGAGUCUAUCGGAGAUUUUGAUGUUAGUAUGUUUGAACUAAAAGCAGAGGGAAAACCAAUUUGGGAGGAUGACACAGUGCAGGAUACAAAAGAAGGAGGCAGUUAUACAGGAUACAAAACCACUGCAAGUAUUGAUAGUGAAUUUGUGAAUGAAGCAAGUUCACAAGAGUCAAAAAAUCUUGAGAAAAUAUUAGCUGAAGGCAAUGGGCAAGAGAAAUCAGAUAGUGAAGAAGAUGAGGUUGAAUUUAAUAGAAUUAUUAAUAGCAUGUUGAUGAUGACGUUGGAGGAUAUGCAAGUGGAAGGACAAAAUGUGGGAGAAACAAAUGAGCAGUUUGAGCUGGGUAAUUCAGAUGAUACAAGAGGAGGUGAAGAUGGAGGGAGAGAUGAAGAACUGGGAAAAAACUAUGAAAAGAUGGAACGUCAAGAUAGAUGUAAUGGAAAUGUUUUAAGUGAUUCAAAGGAAAAAGUGACCACAGCAGGUGAGGCAGAGGAGGAACGUGGAGAAAUGCAGAAUAAUAUUCAAGUUUUCAAGGAAGAAGUGAUGGAGGAGAGGAUGAAAAGUGCAGAUACAGACAGGUGGAAAAGUGCAGAUACAGACAGAGGUGUGGGACCGGAGUCGAACCAGGAGCAGAGCGGGAUCUUCAAUUCUCCAGGGGGUUUACUCUCUCCAGAGGAAAUACAAAAGAGAUACUCUGCUCAGUCUCUGUGCAGCAUCACGACGGAGGUCCUUAAGGUGCUCAACGCCACAGAGCAGUUGCUACGGGAGACAGAGGGUGCUCCUGACACCCCCUCUGCCCCAUACGCCCCUCUGUCCCCAAACCACAAGCAACUGGACCAGCAGCUCUGUCGGCUGGAGGAAAAUGUUUACAUAGCGGCUGGUUCAGUGUAUGAUUUGGAGCUGGAGCUUGAGGACCUGGAGGAUUGCGCCCGGGCAGUGUGCAGCUCCACGAGCCAAUCAGAGCUCAGAUACCUGGAGGAACAGGUGGCAACAGCUGCAGCUAAAGUCCAACAGUCCGACAUGCAGAUAUCAGACAUUUCAGCCAGAAUCGCUGCUUUGAGAAGUGCCGGGCUCAACGUGGACCCUCAGCCCACUUUCACUAAAACCAGGACCUCACCAGCAAAGUGCAUUACUCUGGAUGUGCCGAGGCAGCAGAGGCGCCUGUUGCCGGCUCCGCCCAUUAAAGAUGACAAACAAACCUAAGUGUUUUACGUCCAGUCAGCAGUGCCUAGUGCCUUCACUGUCCACACAACAGACAAAUGAUCCUGUGCUUUUGCUGUGUGUAAUGAUUAAAAAAAAAAAAAAACUAAGACUGUUAAUAUAUUUUUGUUUCAUUGUUGAAAUAGAUUUUUUUGCACCACAAUAGAAGUAAAAAGCAACAACACAUACUUGUGCUAAAAGUGGCAAGGCUAUUACAUGCUUGGAUGAUGUGAAAAAUUAGAAACGUUACAUAUCCCACCUUAUUUACUGUCCUCUGUAAAUUGUAUUUUUGCCAGUUGUAGUUUAUUU